AUGAGUGACGUGACACAUGCACGCCCAAGACAAAGUAUAACAUCGGAAAUCGAUAAUAAGAGGCGGUCCGUAAUGUCUUCAUUGCUAUUUUUAUUCGGCGUCUUGGAGGGUGUACUCUCCUUUGCUUUACCCAUUAUAAAUGCAUUUGGAAGACCUAGUUACGUCGAACAUCAAUUGUACUUUGAGGUUUUCCAAAUUAUUCAGUUCACCCUGUCAAUAUUUUCAUUAGCUUAUCUUCAAGCUCUACUGACCUUUCACUCUCGCCAGCAAAAUCGAUUAAUUGAGAAAAUGAUUCAUCGCCUUGAUGAAGCCUUCGAUGAGGAUACUCAUCAUACGCAUGAAAAUGAACUCAGCGAAGACGCCAAUACACAAAGCAAUGAAGAAGGAAAUGGACUUGAGGAAGUUGGAGUAGUCGACAGUAAUAAGCUUCUGCCUGACUCUUCAGGACCGACUGAAACAGAAUCAAUAGUUCAAGCAUUUGUUGUGCCAUCCAAAAGAAGGAAAAGACCAGGAUCAAUCGGCUGUAUGUUUGGAAAUAAUUCGAAACGGGAAAAACGAGUGUCCAUGCCAUUCGCUCAGCACCCAAUCGGAAGUAAUCUCUAUCUCAGAUUAGGCGCAGUGGCAUUAAUAUUAACCAUUUGUUUAUUUGGUUAUUUGUUACAGAUAAUAUUCAAUGUUCAAAAAUUCUUCGUCAGUUUCAUUUUCUGUCACCUGACAGUAGUCAAUAUGGGUCAGUGGUUGAGUACGGUAGUUCAAGAAAUUGUUUCAAUGCGUGAAGAUCCAGUUUUCUCAAGUACCAAAAGUGCAACAAUGAAUUCAACUAACAUAACCUCACCUGCUUCUGUUAAUGUCACUGCCAAAACUCCUCAAUGCCUUUCACAAGUUUCGAAUUUCGCGCAUUACCUAAUUCCUUGUGGCGUUGAGUACAGUUUGAUAGCCAUGGCAAUUUUCUACAAAAUGCUUCAGCGCAUUGGAAAUGUGCAUCAUGCAGUAAAGAGUCCGCGUAGACAAACUGCCGUCUCGUCCACAGACGAAGCUAUUCAAUUCCUCAAUCGUCGGAAAACCCUCUAUCCGCUUUUAGGUGAUAUCAAAAAACUUCAUUGGACAAAGGAGUCUCAUUGUCAACGUGCCCACAAGGGUCUCUUCUUUGGACUUCUUCUUAUAAUGGCAACAAUAGUGGCUCUAUCACUCUUCUACACUUAUCUCCAACAGCAUAAUCACCAAGAGGCCUUGAUUCUUUAUGAACUCACGGACAUCACUCUCCUCAUAAUCGGCGUCUUGACAACAGCCAUGGGACUUUUCCAACUUCGUGGUUUGCGCAAGAUGUGUCUAUUGGAAGGCGAUACAUUUGAUGUCAAUUUACUCAUGAUCGGACUCGUGGGAAUGCUGUUCUAUGACAUGUUUCUACUAGUUCCUGCAGCUGAAAUGGUUCAUCACUCAACGGAAAUUGGACUGUUCGUUGGAAAAGCAGUGAUGGAAAUAUCUCAGGCACUAUUUCAGGUAUUCCUAAUAUUGGAGACAUCAAGACGUCGGGCUGCCGACUCAAAUCAAGUAUCCAAGAAACCGGGCAGAGCAGUUAUCACUUUUCUACUCAUUCUCAAUUUGGCAAUGUGGAUUGUGAAUGUGUUCGAGUUGAAACACGCCGAAAAUCAUCCAGUCCAUCGAGCGUACUAUUCACCCAUCGUUUGGAAGAUAAUCACCAGACUCUCCUUGCCUCUCCUUAUCUUCUUCCGAUUUCAUUCAUCUAUUUGUUUAGCUGAUGCUUGGACAAAUAUGUACCAAAUCAAAUGA